AUGCCAGACAACGAGCUUGGAUUCAUGCAGCUCUUUAAGGCCUCCUUCUCCAAAGAACUCCAGGCGGCUUAUCGAUAUGCUCUGCAACCUUCAGGUGAUGGACGUCCGGCGUACGAGGCUGUAUCCUACGGGCUCAUCAAUACCGUCAUCACCCGACACUGCACGGAGUUGGCAUUAGCCCGGGGUGCUGCAUCGGAAGAGAUGACGAUCACAGUCCCGCAAGGGCGCGUGCAGAAGGCUAACAGCUACCGGAUCCCCGACUUCAUCGUGCAGCUCAUGCGAAACGUUCUGGGCCCACUGAAAUUCAUGUACUUCUGGGAGGUCAAGCGCCCCGUUCUUCUGGAAGCAAUGGAAGAUGAGAUCACAGACUCGCCGAGCGGUUGGUCUGCUGGCUCGUCGGAGCUCAGUGUAGAAGACGAGGAAGGGACAGUCAACGAGGACAAGGAAGACGAAGACGAAGAAGAGGACGAAGAAGAGGACGAAGAAGAGGAUGAGGACAAGGACAAGAGUGCGGACGUAGAAGAAGAAGACGACGAUGAGCGCGAGCGCAGCGACGACGGACGACUUGAAGAUGAAGAUGAAGAACAACCUGACGAAGCCGCACAAGACGACGGCAACGACGACAAUGCCAAUGCCAAUAUGGAGGCCGAACCGGAGACUUUUACGGCGGAGUUCUGUCAGGCGUAUGUUGUGCUUUACAACGUCGAGAUCUUCCAGCAGAUCCGCGAGCAGGCCGAGCUCACUUUCUCGAAAGGGAUCAAACAGGACUACAUCUUUGUGUUCAGCUCCUCUGGCGGAUACUUCUCGUUGACCGUCUUUGUGAACAGCAGUGGUAACGCGGCUACAAGAGAGGCGCGGCGUUCGCGCCUGAAUCAGUACUGGGCAUGGCGGCGGGAAAUGGAGGCGCACACGCACAAACUUCAUCAAAACUCGGCCAAGCUGCUCAAGGCUGUGGCAUCUAAGGACGCCUUUUGGAAGACGCUGGAUCCCAAGGAGAAGAAGAAACGUAUGGACGCUGCCAAGGCUCCACUGACGCAGAAGUACAACACUCGCCAUGAGAUCGUGUACCACGCGGUCGAAAUGUUCGAGGAUAUCGCCGGCGUUAUGCGGCCGAGCAAAUGGCUCGUUCACGCCCUCGAUAUCAUCCGGCGAGCCAGCGGCAUGCACAUCCCGGAUGGAGCUCUCCGAGAUGAAUGGUCACACUUUUCGACAAACGGCAUCCCGACGCCAGUUCUCGACGCCGCGACUUUGACCCGUAUGAAGGAAGCUGCGGUAGCCUACACGGAAGGGGAUGUAGGCUACCAGUGCAGAACUCUGAUCAGUCGGCCGUUAAGCGCUUCGGGACCGGAAUACAAGUCUAAGCAGUCUACGCCCUCGAGUUCGCGUAGCCAGACGCCUCUACUGGACGCAGACGUGGGGCCAGCGGGUCGUACUCGUGGGCAGAUGACCGGAAGAGCCGGAGGCCAGGUAGAAGAGGUGACCAACCUUUUGGGCAAUAUGCAGGUACAGCAUCGUCGGUCUCCUAGGGUAGCUGCCGGCGCCGGCACGUCCACCCGCGAUUCCUCGGGGUCGCCUGCUCCUACUCGAGGCGCGCGUUGA